AAAACCACCAUGGCGCUGUGCAAGAGAGGGGUCCAAUGCUGUGUUACAACGAUAAUACGAUGCAGUUAUCCAUUUCAAGGGAUCUCAACCGUGUCGACAUACACUCCAAUAUUAGCCUACUCAAGAUUAAGGUGACAUUUGUGGGUUAAAUCAGUGUCCAGGGAUUGAAAGUAAGCCUGCAAUCCUCCUGCAGGCUAGCACAUUAUGCUGCAUCCAGAGGUUAAUGUAUUAUCCUGCAGGUACUACUCGUUAUCUCAGGGCAGACUAGGCAUAUUUCAGAGAGCCAGUGAGAGGUAUGAGAAAUUCCUUGAACAUCGAUUCCCCCGCCUCUACAUCCUUUAUACCACCUUUGUGAAAGGAUUUCGGCUCAUGGUACACGAUGUGAGGGAAACGAAGAGGAUAAGGAUGAAAAUGCUCACUCAAGAUGUUUCACUCAAAGAGCUGCCCUACCGUGAGAUGGAGACCAUCAUUCUGUUUCGCAAAGACAUGAUAAAAGCCAUUCCCCUGGUGAUAAUAUCUAUCCCGCCUUUUGCCAUCAUUUUGGUUUUCACUCUUAUGUGCCUGUUCCCUAGGCAGCUCCUGAUUCGUCACCUGUGGACUCCGCAGCAGCAGCAGGACUUCCAGAGGUUGUACCACGAGCAGAGAUGCCGACACCGUGAGAACAUCCUGAAGGGUGUGGCCUGGUCAAUACCUCACAUCAAAGAGUGGACCCUCCGCAGCCAUCUGCUUACUCUUAUCAGCAAGGUGCAGAGUGGGGCUCACCCCAGUGUGAAAGACAUCAGUGCAGUGAGAGGCGUGUUUUCCGGACAACCACUGGGAUUAACAGGCAUGGACUCUGGUCACAUGAGGCUGCUGUGCUCCCACCUCUUGCUGAACCCCUGGCUCCCUGGGUUCCUGCUCCGGCCACGGCUGAGGGCCAAAGCCCUGGACCUGCUUUACUUGGAUCAGGCUCUAGACACACUGGGACAGGGCCAACUCACUGACGCAGAGAUUAGAGAGGCCUGCUAUCUGCGGGGUCUCAAUCCCAGUAGCCUCACCACUAGCCAGUGUCGAGAGUGGCUCCUCCAGUGGCUUCAGCUGUCUACCCAGCUCACAGUGCCCGUGCUUUGCAUUUGGAUUAGUGAACUAAAUGCGCAAAGAAAAAGGAGGUAUUUGGACAUAAAGAUGGACUUUAUCGAACAAAACAAGCAUUUAUUGUGGAACUGGGAUUCUAGGGAGUGCAUUCCGAUGAUCAUCAAAGAAUCAGAGGCAUCUCUUCUGCUGCACAACAUGGUCCUGCUCUCAGUAAACUAUCCCAGCUCGUGACCAGAGGAACAAAAGCAUGCAGCGGCAACCAGACUUCAUUAUAUUUAUUAAUUUGCUCUCAGGCGAGAAAGUCUAAUGGAACAGCGACAAUUGUUAUCUUGUUUUCUUGGGAUAGAAAGUGAAAGAAUGAUCCAAACUGGUCAAUUGUUACCAUGUGGAGAAUCAAUGAUUCAGUGCAUGGAUGACAUUGACUUUUACUGUGUUGUAUGUCUUAAUUCAUUCCAGUCAAUUGAUGUCACACAUUUGGUUGCAGUCACACGUGUACGUACACACACACACACAACAAUAGACGUCACGCAUAUGUCUUGUGGAAUGAAUUGGAAAGAGAUGCACUGGAUAAUGUGACUCAAAAGAAGGAGCUCGCACACACUCAAACUUUUAUUUGGCAUGCAAACAUUUCAGUCUACCAACUGGUGUUCAGCAUAGACGUGGGUUCCCAAAUAUGCCAAUGCAGCCCAGCUGUACCUUGCGCUUCCAAAAUGUAUAAAUGUCCUGUUGUGGGGCUGUAUAUUGAUACUUUCAAGGAGAUAGUAUGGGACAUCUUUAUGUGUGGUGUUAAUGUAAGUGUUCCUUUUAGGUAACUUCUUGACUUGGUAAGUAUGGUGCAUUGUAAAAUGAUAGUCUGUCAUGUCAGAACACCAGUCUGUAAGGCGCAUACUUAUAUAGGCCUACCGUAAUAAAUUUGAGACAUUUGUUAAAA